ACGACAAAAUAUUGUACCUAUGCAUUCUAAGCAAAAUAAAAUAUAUUAUACCAGUCUGGUCAAGUGAGAUCUUGAGUGCAAUAAUUUGGUACAGGAAUAUGUAGGUAAUUUUUAUCUAAAAUGUAAUACAUAAAACAAUUCCUAUUGGAAUUAAAGAUAUUUGUGUAUAGAAAAGUUUAAAUUAUUAUUAAUACCUAGACCUAGACCAUAUAGGACCAGUUGGUAGAAGUUGCUUGUAAGAAUGCGAAAAGGUUUUUACAACUCGUAUCAGUCAACAGUCAAGUGAGAAUGCGACCCAUCUCUAGUUUACCAGCUGAUGUAAGAAAACAAACCAAUCACACAUGUCAGCGGAAAAAAUAAUUAAAAUGUUACCAGAGAGUAAUUUGUUUGAAUGCAGUGACAAAAACUCAAAACAAUUAUUGCUUAAACAUUUGGAAACAUUACAAUAUUAUACUAAAAAUGAAAGUGACUUAUUACAAAUUAUUGGAACUUAUAGUUACAACACCAAAAAUCUUAUCCAGGACUCCAAGACUGUGCUCCGUUUAGUUAAAUCCAGAUGGUUUUGUAUUCAAGACAUUAUGCUAAAUAAUAAUAAAAUUUCUUUGGAAGAUGUGGUGGAAAGCAGAAGAUAUAUUAACCAAGGUCUUUAUGGAUUAAUCCAGUGCCUUUUAGGAAGCAAAAAUUGCCCAUUGGAUGACCAGUUUAAGGAAGAAAUUUUGCUUCAUUUGAAAAGUGUUAUUUCCCCUUUACAUAACAUUAACAAACUAAAAGAUACUGCUCUUUUAAAAGGUAUAAAAGUAUCAAAACAUGAGACGAGUUUGUUGCAUCACUUCUUCCAUGCUCUACUUGAAAUUCAUUAUUAUAUUCUUGUAUUGUCCUUUAUCUGUGAUGAUAGUUGCCAAUUAAUGAGAAGUCACUUGCAAGUUGUCAUAAAGAACAUUUUUUUUAUAUAUAACACUGCAACUGAAUUUUGCUGUUGCCUAAACAAUUUUUGGCUUGUGACCCAAUUGUUAACAGAAAAAAAAUCUCCAACCCAUUUCAUAUUUUGGGAAAGUUUUAACAAAGCAUUGGAAAAAGAAGUUCCUUUAAAUUCCUUAUGUUUUCUUGAGAAGGUUGCAGCUAUACAAACAUUUAACAGCAACUUUGAAGAUGUCAGCUUAAAAAGUGAAAGAAUAAAACCAAACUAUGAAUUUCUCGAAAGUAAAUUUAAGGAGUUGCUUAGUGAAGGGGGCAGUGAGACAUUGACAAUAGGAUUAAAGGCAAUUGAACCUCUGAUUAGUCAUUUAUGGUUAAAAGAAUGUAGAAUAAAUAUAUUUCAAAUUGCUUGGGAUUUUUAUAGCAAAAGACUAAAUAUAUCUCAACAAUCCAGUAAAACUGCUCCUACUCAUAUGGUAGAGACUUUAGAUAAAAUUUUAUUUUCUCCAAAAGAAUGUAGCGAAGACUUUGAGUUGUUUGUUGGUCUACUUUUAGUGCAUUUAAGAGAAUUUCCAUUGCACUGGGGUAAGAUUAAGGGCAGAAUCUAUUCUCAACUGGGUCCAAAUAAAAUGAAAGAUUUAUCAGACACUGGCAUAAGACAUGUUAUUUUGUUAUAUAUGGCACUAGGCAGUAUUCAUGUUGAAGAAGUAGAGAAGAAGAUGUUAGCAUUUUUAGAUCAUUUAUCACUGGAAAAAAAGUAUAGCACUUGUGUUUGGCAUAUGUAUUCCACAUUGAUUCUUCAAUACGUCAGAGAGGAAAGAUCAAUUGAAAGAAUAGCGCCUCCGAUCCAUGACAUGCUACAAGAAGCCUCUACGAACCAAAAACUUUUCCACCUCAUCAAAGAUUUCCUGAAGAACUUGGAAGUAACAAUUAAUCUUUGCUCGAACUUCCAAUUGCAUCAGUGGCUCAUAUUUGGUCCAUGGCUGCCCAAAUAUCAAAAUGUCUGUUAUUUCAAUGACCUUAAUCAAUCUUUAAGUUUAAUUGCCACGUUGCUGGAAAAGUGCAGCUCUCCAGACUCUUGGUCCCGGUGGGAACAAUUUUUUGUAAACGUUUAUCACAAUUUAAAAAAAUUAGCCACAGCCUCAAACCCGCCGCCUCUAGCAGGAAAAAUAGCCGGAAGAUUGGCAGUUUGUCAAAAUAAUUCUUUGGCAAACGAUGCUUUUCAAUUUUUUACCGGUGACGCGGUCUCCCCCAAAAUCGCUUCGGGUUUUUUGGAUUGUGUUUUGGAAAAUUACCCCGACAAUUUUAUAAUAAUGCCAAAUCAAGAAGCGAUCGUCUUGGAAUGUUGGAUUAAAAUUUGUUUUUUGUCUGAAUAUGACCUCUAUCAGCAUGAGCUUACCAAAAAAGUUGUUAAGCUGGACAUAUUCCACCCAAUAAAAACUACUUUAAUAGAAUCUAAUAUACCUUUGAAAUCCUUCAUUGAUCAUAUGAGUCAUCAAUCGAAAAAUAUUCAACUACAAGCAAACAGUCAAGUGCUGCGGUUAUGCGAUAUAGCUUUUGGUAACCUGGAUAAAGUCCUUUUGCAGUAUUUAACUGGUCCGUUAAAUAAUGAACCCGUUGUAUUGCAAAUUUACAAAUAUGCAGGCAAUAUUUUUUCAAAAUUAGGGCAUUUAAUUUAUAAUAGGAGCAAAGCAGUAACAAUUUUAACAAAACUGGUGCAAGUUCUUUUAUUACCAAUGGAUUUUUUAUUAGGCAAAAAAAAUCUUCAUCAAUUUGUUUUAAAUGCCAUUAAGAAAACUUGGUCAACUUAUUUUUCUGCCUUGGCAUCUCUAAAUGUGUUUAACGACCCUUAUUUGGAAAGAACCCUUAAGGAUAUGGUCGUCAAAUAUUUGCCUUACUAUCCUACUUUCGACUCUCCAAUAGUUAAUUGUAUGACCGAUGAUAUCUUAAUGGCCGAUAUUAUUCUUGAAAAAAUUAACAUUUCCUACUUUAAGCCACCAGUGAAAGAAUCGGACGCCAAAUUACUAAAAGCCCUCAAAAUAAUUUCCGAUAUUGCUAACAGUGGCGUUUGCACUUUAGAAUUAUUCAAACUUAUUAUAAAUAAAACUCUGCAUGGUUUGUUCGAUUUAGUCAUUUUUCACUCGCAAAGAAGCAGCGCCAUUUCUGUUAUUAAACAUAUCACAAACUCACCGCUAAUACCACAGGUUAAACCAGAAUUUCGACAAGUUGUAGUAACCAUCACCACAAAAUAUAUGGCCUUAAAUACCACCAACUACUUCCAAUUGAUGAUUCAUUUGGCUAAAUUUAUGCCUGAAGAUGUUACGGCGGUUUUGGGGGAAAUUUCUACACAAGUGGCUGUAGUUGAAAGACUUCGAGGAGUCGGUUAUGAUAAAACUUUAAGACUGCAUCUGGAAAAGCUGCAAAAUUCGUUAGGUUUAAAUUUAACUAACAUGUAGACUGUCUUGAUUAAUUAUAUAGAAUGUACAAAUAAUACCUACCUUUUAUAUUUUUACAACGCAUAAAUAAUAUUCCGCAGACAAUAUCGUGAUGUGAGUGUAACUCACGAUCAUCAUCCUAUCAACGGGUAUGAAAAUAAGAUUACUUUUUCUUUAUAAUACAAUAAUAUCUAUUCAUUCUUUUUUUUUCGAAGAUGCCAAUUAUUCUAUUAAAAUUAACUAUAUUUUAUUUAAUAUAGUUAAUAAUUUUAUUUUUGGAUUUUGAAAAUAUGUAUGCCAUUAUAUCAAAAAAAUAUACUUUUAUAAAUAAGACAAAAA